AGCUAUAGGUAAAUUUGUAUAUAUCUCUUCUUCUUUUCCUUCUCUUUUUCCAUUUUGUCCAAAUCUUUUGAACCAUGACAGAUCCAUGCUUCAACUUCAUCCCUCUGACUUCAAGUUUUCAAACUCCAAAUCAACCAAACCCUUCUUCUCAACCUCAAAUUCCCCACAAACAAGCUCUUCCUCUCAUCAACUAUCUAUCAGCAACCAAUGAAUCCUCAAGCGGUGGAUCUUCCAUGGAAGAGUGCUUGUUUUCCACCACCGCUGACGACGCCAAUGCAGACGAUGGCAACAAUGAUUAUGGUGUAACUGUAGACCUACACAUAGGUUUACCUAACCCUAGUUCCGAUCUGAGGUCUAAGGCAACCCCAUAUGCAGAUUUGACAGCAGACACUAGUGCUGGAGUUCAAGGGAACCCUAUACGCAAGGGACAGUAUUGGAUCCCUACGCCUUCCCAAAUUCUCAUUGGACCUACACAGUUCUCAUGUCCCCUUUGCAGCAAAACGUUUAAUAGGUACAAUAACUUGCAGAUGCAUAUGUGGGGACAUGGAUCUCAGUACCGGAAAGGACCCCACUCGCUACGAGGAACGCAACCGACCGCCAUGCUAAGGCUGCCGUGCUACUGCUGUGCUCCGGGUUGUCCGCACAACAUCGACCACCCGAGAGCCAGGCCACUCAAGGACUUCAAAACGCUUCAAACGCACUACAAGAGGAAACAUGGGAUCAAGCCCUUCGUGUGCAGGAAAUGUGUGAAAGCUUUUGCCGUGAAAGGGGACUGGAGAACCCACGAGAAGAACUGUGGGAAGAUUUGGUAUUGUGUUUGCGGGUCCGAUUUCAAGCACAAGCGGUCCUUGAAGGAUCAUAUCAAGGCUUUCGGUCCGGCCGGUCACGGAGCGAUCGGCAUCGAUUUGGACGAGGAUGACGAGCCCGGGUCGGAAUUUGAAUCGAUGUAAGAUCUUAGCCCUCCGAGUCGAAAUGAACUAGUUGUUUCUUCUUUAUUUAGACAUCUUAUAUCUAAAAUAAGUUAAGUCGAAUCUUGUUUAAGAAGGCAAAUUCUCUUAUAUGAAGUUAAAAAUUAAUUUGAAGGACAUCGAUUCACUUAUAAAUAAAUAGUU